UUCACAAGCGUUUUAAAUCCCACCAUUAAAAAAAAAAAAAAAAAACCCAACAAACUCUAACCCCAAAUACCCCAUAACCAAGCACCAUCCACCAAACCCCAGACCACCACCACAUACACAUACCCUUCUUCUCUCUUAUAUCUCAUUCUUCAAAUACAAACCCUAAUUAUGUGACAAACUACUAUAUUUACUUUCUUUUGUUUUUAAAGAAAAAGAAAAGAAAUGAGUACCGCAACUACAAACCCUAUAAAUACUGGUGCUGGUGGUGGAAGUAGUGGCGGUGGAGGUGGUGGUGGCGGCGGUGGUGGCGGUGGUGGUGGGCCAUGCGGUGCUUGUAAAUUCUUGAGGAGGAAGUGUGUGCCAGGGUGUAUAUUUGCACCUUAUUUUGACUCAGAGCAAGGUGCAGCACAUUUUGCAGCGGUGCAUAAGGUUUUUGGUGCAAGUAACGUGUCAAAGCUUUUAUUACACAUUCCUGUCCAUAAAAGACUUGAUGCUGUGGUCACAAUUUGUUAUGAGGCUCAAGCUCGCUUAAGAGAUCCAGUCUAUGGCUGUGUUGCUCACAUCUUUGCUCUUCAACAACAGGUAGUAAAUUUACAAGCAGAACUCUCAUACUUGCAAGCCCAUCUAGCAGCAUUGGAGGUUCCGUCGCCACCUCCUCCGCCCCCGCCAACACUAGUGACCCCGCCUCCACUCUCAAUAGCAGACCUACCAUCAGCCUCUUCAAUUCCCGCCGCGUACGAUUUAUCAUGUCUUUUUGAUCCAAUGAUGCAACCCUCAUGGUCCAACAUGCAGCCGCAGCGGCAAAUGGAUAUCCGUCAGUUUGGAGGCAGCGGUGGCUCAUCAGGAACUGGUGGCGGUGAUCUCCAAGCAUUGGCGCGUGAACUCCUUCAUAGACGAGGAUCUCCACCACCCGGGUUCAUGUCAUGUAGUGACACAUUAGCAUCACCAUCUAUCUCUAAAUGAGACUGAUCGACCUUAUAUUAACAAAGUACUUGUAUUAAUCAAAUACCAACCAGGAAGCUGGAUUUCCAUGUUAUUUUCACUGGCCAUGCAUGAUUUAGUCGUUUGAUAAUUGAUCACCAUUUCUUUCUGUUCGUU